AUGCCUAAAACCGAAAUUACACAUAUAUAUAACCCUAUAUAUAAUAGGCACUUCUGUUCCCCUGGAUAUGGUUGGUUGGCCAUUGUAGAUUGUUAUUAUCAUUAUCAGGGAGGCAACAGACACCACGAAGUCAUUAUAACUCUCUCGAACCCUUUCAACAAUAGCAAAGCAGUGCCGCCGUCCCACAUCAGUCUCCCUCCCUUGGAAUCAAAAGACAUCCUAUUCGCCCUGUCCUCCGGGAGGGAAGUCGAGACCCGCGCAAAGGUUAUGUUGUCCGCUGAUCCAGCUUUGAAUCCGGACAGUUAUGCGGUUAUAGCAUUCUUCCCUGGUGACUUCCAUAUUUUUUACACUGGAGCAAGAUUCACUGAAGAGGGACGAAGUAUUUGGCGCAACCAUCGAAAUGCAUCAUUUCAGUUUUAUGACGCUAUUUUUUACAAAGGCCUCGUCUAUGCAGCUGAUCACGUUCGUGGGUCGAUUCACUCGUUCGACCUUAAUUUGAUGGAGGAGGAAUUUGACUACUCACGCACAUGUUUUCCAGCACAACCUUAUUAUGAUAUGUUCGAACACCAUCCCUUUUGUCCACCAUAUGUUGUGAAAUCAACCAAAGGGGACCUGUUACAUGUUGUAAGAUUUUGUGAAUUGAAGAAAGAAGAUGGCUCCUCCUCGUCCUCAUCCCGUGGGGAGUACAUCACCAUGCACUUUAUGGUUUUCAAGGUACCACCAUUCAACGAUGAAGAAUGCGAAUAG